AAUCUGAGUAACGUAGCCAUAAGUUAUAUAAGGUCAAUUUGUUGAUAAAAUUGAUAACAUGAAUUGAGAGCGUCACUUUAGAAUAACCAUUUAUAAACGAACGUGAUAUUCGAUUCACUCAUAAGUGUCACAGCACGUCUUUGGCAUACAUUGAUAUUUAUUUUCCAAAACAAUGUUUCACAGUGUAUUUACAUUACAAAAAGGAAUUCCCUAUCAUGCUUUAACAUUAAGUCGAUCAAUGCAUCUUUUAAGAAAUUUGGCGUAUGUAGAUGGGAAAUGGAUAGAAGCAAACAAGAAAAGAACAUUUCCUGUUCACAAUCCUGUUGAUAAAUCUGUUAUUAAUAAUAUUCCUGAUAUGGAUGUUGAAGACACACGAUUAGCAAUUAAUGCAGCAUCUAAAGCUUUUGAAUCUUAUUGUACAACAACACCAAAAGAACGAAGCAUUUUACUCAGAGAAUGGUACAAUCUAAUGGUGAAACAUGCAGAAGACUUGGCACAAAUUUUGACCAAAGAAAAUGGGAAAUCUCUUGUUGAAUCUAGAGCAGAAAUUAAAUAUGGAAAUUCAUUUAUAGAGUGGUUUUCAGAAGAAGCUAGAAGAGUUGAUGGAGAAGUUUUGCAGGAAGGAAAUCCUAAUAAACACAUGGUUUUAUUGAGACAACCAGUGGGUGUAGCUGCUUUAAUUACACCAUGGAAUUUUCCACAUGCCAUGAUUACUCGCAAAGCAGGUGCUGCUUUAUCUGUUGGGUGCACAUGUGUAGUGAAACCAUCCGAAGACACUCCUCUCACUGCUUUAGCAAUAGCUGAUCUUGCAGAACAGGCAGGCUUUCCCCAUGGAAUCUUCAAUGUGCUUACAACAAGUCAACAAAAUUCUCCCGCUAUGGGUAAAGAAUUAUGUGAAAAUCCUAAAGUAAGAGUUAUUUCGUUUACUGGUUCAACGCCUGUAGGAAAAAUUUUAUACAGACAGUGUGCUUCAACAAUGAAACGACUUAGUCUUGAAUUAGGAGGUAAUGCACCAUUUAUUGUUUUUGACUCUGCAAAUUUGGAUUUGGCUGUAUCAGGUGCCAUGGCAAGUAAAUUUCGUAAUACUGGCCAAACAUGUGUCUCUGCAAAUAGAUUCUUUGUACAAGCUGGAAUAUUUGAUAAAUUUGUUGAAAUGAUUUUGGCAAAGAUUAAAAGUGAUAUUAAAAUGGGCGAUGGCAGCAAGAAUGAAGUUACACAUGGGCCUCUUACUAAAGAAAAUCAAUUAAACAUUGUGCAUGGAUUAGUUACUGAUGCAGUACAAAAAGGAGCAAAAGUACACUGUGGUGCUACUCCAUUACCUGAAUUAGGACCACUAUUUUAUGCUCCUACGCUCAUAACAAAUGUAUCUAAAGAAAUGGAAAUAUAUAACAAAGAAAUUUUUGGUCCAGUAGCUGUUAUUAAUAAAUUUGAUAGCGAACAUGAAGUUAUACAAAAGGCUAAUAAUACUCCAGCAGGUUUGGCUGGAUACUUUUAUUCAUCAGACUUAUCACAAAUAUUCAGAGUAGUAAGAAAAUUAGAAGUUGGGAUGAUUGGUGUGAAUGAAGGAUUGAUUUCUACUGCAGAGGCAGCUUUUGGAGGAGUAAAGGAAUCAGGUAUAGGAAGGGAGGGAUCUAGACAUGGUGUAGAUGAUUUUCUUGAUAUAAAGUAUGUAUGUAUAGGAAAUCUUAAAAACCAUUGCUAA